AUGGAUUAUAAUGAUGUUUCUAGUCGAUUUGAUUUUAUGAAAUCGACUACACGGUUCCCAAUUAGUUGCAUUUUUUUAAGUCAGUUUGAUAUGAAAAGGGGCAACGUUAUUGUGUGGUCAAAGUUAAAUGAAAAUUGUAAUAUUAAUCUUCAGGGUACUGAAUUCAAGUCACUUCCUUCUGGAGUUCAUGAAGUUUCAGAUGAUGUUAUAAAUUUUAUUCUCCCUAAAGAAGAAACAAGUUCUCAUGAUCAUUAUUAUGGAGUUGCAUAUUAUAGACAAAAUGGACAAGAAAUUGUUAAAAAGGGUAAACAAGUUGAUAGAAAUGAAGUUAAAAUGUAUGCUUUAGGAAUUCUAAUUGAUCCUAACCUUUCCUUAAAAUGUUAUCCAGAUGAUGAAAUUUUCAGUAGUAGACACCAUAAGUAUAUUAGUUGCAACGAAUACGUUGGUGAUUUAAAGAAAUUGUUAUCAGACUGGCUACAAAAUGAAAAAUAUGAUGAUUUUUCAACUUUUGAGAGCUUCUAUAACACAAAUAAGAAAACUAUUGUCAAAGCUGACGAUGGUUCUAGUGGCUCUAAAACGAUACGUUCAAGUGAAUUGACUGAUGAUAUUGAAGAUACACCAGUUCCCAUCGCUAAUAUUAACAAUAAACUAUUAAUGUUAGAACACUUACCGUUUUGGAUCAAAAAAAUUGGUCCACUGAUAUUCCCACUGUGGAAAUCUUGCCUAUUAAAUGAAAAAAUUUUAAUACUAAAUCCACUUGGUGGCUCAUUUGAACUUUGUAAUUCAUUAGUAUAUUGCAUUUCAUUGAUUUCGUUGAUACAUAAGAAAAACAUGAAGGCAAAGGAUGAAUACGAUGAUUUCAUUAGUCCACUCUUUACCAUUGGUGUUAAUGAUAUAGAUUUUCUGAACAAGGUGAUAAAAGAAAGUGGCAAUAGUGAUUAUCAAAUGAGCAGUUUUGUUGCUUGUACAAGCGAUGAAGUAUUAGCAUAUAGACCAGAAUUAUAUGACAUUAUGUUGAAAUUACCACCAAAUUUUAUGAGUAAUGAUAACGACACAUUGCCUAAAUUAGUAAGGAAUGAUGGUGAAAUUAUUAAAGCAACCCCACACGAAUUAGAAAUUUACGAAAAAUUAAUGAAUAUAAUAAUGAAUGAAAAGAUUAGUCCAUCACAAAGAUCGAAAUUAGAAAAACUAACAGAACCAGUAUCGUGGGUGCAAUAUUUAAUUGAUGGUUUUUAUCUCUGUACAACUGCAGGCUAUUUAAAAGCUGCUUAUCGUAAUAAGUCAACCAUGAGUUUUACAAUGUUUUAUGAGAAUAAUGAUGAAAAUGAAACAAAAUUGAACGUAGUGCUAAAUUUAAUUAAAUAUUUCCAUUUCAAAACUGUGAUGUUACUUAAUCAAGUACAGGCAAUGAUUGAAUCUAACGAAUGUCAUAACUCUAGUGACGUUAUACACACUUCACCUGUUUCACUGACCGAAAUGGACCUGGAUUGUUUUAGUGAACAAGACAUCGACUUCGUAGAGAAAUUAAUAAGUAAGAGAUUUAAAAGAAACUUGGUGGUUAAUAAUGGCGAUUACUUUAGAGCUGCAUGUUAA